UUUUAAAAGCAUUUUCUUACCCAAGGUGGACCGUAGACGGAUUUGACGGUUGCAAAAAUUUCGCAAUAUUUUCAAGAGACUUCUGUUCUUCCUACUGCUCAGUUCUCUGUGCAACUUCGCAUCUAUUGGCAGAAGGUGCAAAUUUCCACUGGAUUGGUUUUGCAGGAAGCUCUACUAAGACUAAAGCAUCUGAUAUAACUUUACUGAGAACAACCAAUGUAUCCUGGUGGGUAUACUAUUGAGGUAACUACCCUGUCUCCCAGAGCAACAGAAAAAGAUGUUCGUGACUUCUUCUCACAUUGUGGUGCUAUUGAACAUCUUGAAAUCAUCAGGUCUGGUGAAUAUGGAUGUACUGCUUAUGUGACAUUCAAAGAUUCUUAUGCUCUGGAAACUGCUGCCUUACUCAGUGGAGCCACAAUUGUUGAUCAACGUGUGUGCAUCACUCGUUGGGGAUCUUAUGUAGAUGAAUAUGAUCCUUUUAGUGAUGCUUCAUGGAGAAGAGCAGAUACUUCCACUGACUCGGUAUCUCAGAGCAACGCAUUUGUUUCUACCCCAGGAGAAGCUGUAACAGUGGCCCAAGAAGUUGUCACAACCAUGAUAGCCAAGGGUUACGAUUUAGGAAAGGAUGCAUUGAGUAGGGCGAAAGCUUUUGAUGAGUCUCAUCAUGUUUCAGCCACUGCAGCUGCAAAAGUAGCUGAGCUGAGCUAUAAAAUUGGGCUUACACCAAAACUUUAUGCAGGUAUGGAAGUUGUCAAGUCUGUGGAUCAGAGGUACAAUGUUUCUGAGACAACAAAAUCUGCUGCUUUGUACACUGGAAGAACAGCGGCUUCAGCUGCCACUGCUGUUGUUAACAGCAGCUAUUUCUCUAAAGGAGCUCUUUGGGUUUCUGAUGCUCUCAGCCGAGCAGCCAAAGCAGCAGCUGAUUUGGGUACUCAUGCUGGUAGUAAAUAAACAUGUCCUGUAUGUAAAAUUGUAUAGGCGUAUAGCAUUCCCAUAUUGGAUUGGAGGGAGUGCUAGUUAGUCAUCGUGAAUUGUGCAAAUGACACCUCCAUAUAUCCCUAGUCACCUUCAUAAAUCUACGAAAAACCACUUUUUAAGUGAAGGGAUUAUAUGAGAUGGCACCAUGAUACAUAUUUUUUUACAAAUCUCUCAUAUUUGAUUAAUGUUGGCUGAGCUGUGUGUGCAUGUUGAAAUACGAAGUACAAUUUCUUAUUUCUUAGUAAAUAUUACUUGUACCAUCAAAGUUGGACAAUCAGCGACACUUCAGAAUGUGCA